CUAGAAUAAUUUUAAGUAGUACUUUUAAAAAGAAUAUAUGUUUAGUGUGCAGGAAUAUGAAUUAUGAUGGCCUUCUUUGUUUCACCACUCAGAAGAAAAAUGUGGUAAACUUUGAUUCGUUUCAACAACUAGGCAAGGCUCGAAGCCAUGUCUCAUUUGGUUCAAUUGCAAUCAGAAAAUAGGAGGGAUAUGAAUUCGGAAGCACGUGUGCAGAAGCGUUAAAACCAAGUGAAGAAAAGGAUCUGGAGUUGGUACAAAUUGAAAAAGAGUUCAUCAAUUUCAGGAAUCACAUGCAAGUUGAUGGUACAGGCUGUCUUGUUCCUGAAGUCUUCACUGAUUUAAUUCUUGCAUUAAAGGGUAUGGUCUCAAUGCCUAGCAAAGCCGGGUUCAUGGACA